AUGUUAAUACCUCCAAAGACAAAAAGAAAUUAAACUAUUGAUUAAGGAGAGUACCUAUUUUAGUAGAGAAAAAACUUCGAUCCUUAUAUUGAGAUGAUGAAGAAGCAACAGUAACAGGAAAUUAAUUAAUUUCGAAAAGCAUUUGCAAAUAUUGCUUCAUCUAGAAUUCAUGCAUAACACAUGAAUGAAAAAAGAGACUAAAUUGUAUUGACUGUCCAUAAAAAAAAAAGAAUCUAAGCAAAAUCAGAAUUCAAGUUACCGACCUUAGGUUAGGGAGAAAGGACAGAAAGAGUGAGAAUUAAAUUUCCUCCCUAGAGAAUUAAGAAAAUCUUCGUUUGA